AUGAAGAGAUUGUGGGCUAAGUAUCGACAAUCUCGAGAUGAAGAUCUUGAAGAGCUGUGUACAACUAAUGCUCUUGUGGUAGCAGCAGUCGCUGAAGCUGAAGCUUCCUCCGGAUCACGACCACGGGGUUCUCAACCGGGGCGUGCACCGAAUGAGGAGCGGUUUAGGGAAUCAAGAGGGAAAGACAUGAUACAAGAUUACUUUGUGGAGCGUCCAGUUUUCAGUGAAGAGAUAUUCCGGACAAGGUACAGGAUGAGUCACAAUUUGUUCAACCGCAUCUCCAGUGAUCUUUGUGGUACCGACCCGUACUGGGUCCAGAAAUCAGAUGCUGCAGGCAAAGUCGGACUACUUCCCCAGCAGAAGCUGACAUGUUCCUUAAGAAUGCUUGCUUAUGGUGCAGGGGCAGAUCAAUGUGGUGAGUAUUGUCGGAUGGCGAAAUCUACCUCCAUUCAGGCUCUGAAACGAUUUACAAGAGGAAUCGUUAAUCUGUACGCGGCAGAAUACCUCCGGGCACCUAAUCCGGCCGACCUCAGAAGACUUCUCACCAAAGCUGAGAAAAGGGGCUUUCCGGGGAUGAUUGGAAGCAUCGACUGCAUGCACUGGCAAUGGAAGAAUUGCCCAACAGGUUGGGCUGGAGAAUACAGCGGUCGAAAACAUGUGCCCACUAUCAUCCUCGAAGCAGUCGCUUCUUAUGACACAUGGAUAUGGCAUGCCUUCUUUGGAAUGCCUGGAUCAUGCAACGACCUCAACGUCCUUGCUAAGUCCCCGCUGUUUGACGACGUCACUACUGGUCGAGCCCCUCGAGUCCAAUUUCAAGCAAAUAACAGGAAUCACAAAUUAGGGUACUAUCUCGCUGAUGGUAUCUAUCCGCAAUGGGCGACUUUCAUAAAAUCAAUUCCAAGGCCAACACGACCGAAGGAUCUGAAGUUUUCCCAGGCUCAAGAGGGGUACAGGAAGGAUGUCGAAAGAUGUUUCGGCAUUUUACAGUCGCGCUUCAGUAUUAUUCGAGGAGCUGCUCGUGGCUGGGAAAGAGAUGACCUUCAUUUCAUCAUGCUGACGUGUAUUAUAUUACACAAUAUGAUAAUCGAGGAUGAAAGACCAGAUGACAGCGAUGAGGAUUUGGAGUCCGAUGAAGAAGAGGAUAACAAUAUGAAGCCCAGGUUGGCCCAGGUUUGGGAAGGACCGACUGGUCAUGACUUCGAUCCUGUUGGUAGAGAUGGUUAUUACUUCAACGGAUUCAUGGAUCGAUAUGAUGCCAUUAGAAGUGCAAACAGUCACUCAAACCUUCAAGGGGAUCUGAUAGAGCAUUUCUGGAACGUUCAAGGCAACAUGGAGAUCUAG